UAUUCAGGAUAGUUUGGUGUUACUACCUUAUUGUUCUUUGAAUUAUAUUUUAACAGCAAACUGAAGAUGCCAAAGAUGUCCAGUUUGCUCUUCAGUACAAUAGGAAGUCACAAAAGAAAAACUUUUUCAUGUUGCACUUAAUAUUGCUAUAGGCCUCCCGAACAGGUAUCCCACCUAGACCAUUCGUUUUAGUGUCCUUCGUAAAUCCGCGAAACUGAUUCAGUUACUCUCUCCUCAAGAGACAUACCUAAUCACAAAGCUUUUAUUUUGUAGUUUGCUCCUCAUCCAGCAAAGGCAAGAUUGCUAAUCCAGAUUUAAACAUGAACGAUAUUUUGGAAACAGAGGAAGACAGAGAGGAAUACCAGAGGGUUGAUACGCUUUUGUUAUUUGUGGGCUACUCAAGAAGUCGCCAUACUCUGCUGGCAUCUCUUCUCGAUGGACAUCCACACAUGGUGGUCGCCAAUGAGAAUGACCUCUUUGCCCGCCUAAAGAACGGGGCGAAGUUCAAAAGAAACGAACUGUUUGACAUGUUAGUGAAAGGAUCAAAAAGUUUUCUAAAAGGAGGGAAGGGCAUGGUAAUGACAGGAACGCUUGAAAACACAACACAUUUUGGAUUCUGGAUGGAAGGGUAUUGGCAAGGGAAGUAUGACAAAUACCUUAAAGUUGUUGGUGACAAGACAGCUUGGAGUACAUCUGCUGUAAUUCUAAACAUGCCGCGUGAUACGCUCAUGAGUUUGGUGGAGGACACUGAAAACAAAUAUAGAGUCAAAGUGAAGUUCAUUCACAUCAUAAGGAAUCCGUUCGACAUCGUCUCAACAAUAACCUUGAGGAGAACUAAUCAGUCAGGAGGCAGGUUCGAAGACCACAUAAAGAAGGUUAAUGAUCCAGAACUGUUAGAUCACAGCAUGGAUAGAUUCUUUCGCUGGGCUGAAGGAAGCGCAAUCGCUAGAGAGAUUCUUGGAGACAAGUUAUUGGAUGUAAAUGGCCUCGAGCUCGUGCUGAAACCAGUGGAAACCAUGUCAAAGAUUUGUCGGUUUAUUGAAAUCACUUGCAGUGACGAAUUUCUCAAGGCAUGUGCGAAGGUCGUUGAUCCAACGCCUUCCAUAACAAGGCAUUAUGUGGUGUGGAGCAAGGACCAAAUGAACAAAAUGUAUUCCGUUAUAGAACAGUAUCCAUUUCUUUCUCAUUACACAUUUAAUGAUUAGAACGCGAGUAUAUAGGCAAUGGUGAAGCAAUGCUCCGGUAAGCUAAAUAAAGUAGGUGAAUUUCCAAUGUUGCAAUUUUCAAAAAAGUGUUCAAAUGUUGUUGUUGUUUAUAGUGGUCAAUGCGCUUAGCUACACCUAGCUUGUUCUCAGGUAUGCCAGUUAAACUGAAAGAAAGAUAUAUUUCAAAUAAACUGGCGGGAGACCCCGCGGGAGACAGGCCAGUUGACUAUUUACAAGCAUGACCGAGGAGUUGAACUAAGGUCUACCGAAAAACAACUCCAGCUUAGUGGUCAGAGCGGGCGCACCCGCGAUCCCCGGAUUUCAAGUGUUAGGGUUACAUUACAUUACAUCGAUUAAACUUUGGUUGUCGGCAGGUUGAGCAAGUACAGAACACCAUUACAAGCCAAAAGCCCGGUGUUUUGCCAGUGUUGAGAAUUCUUUUCAUGACAAUCAUUCCGCAUCCGCCCUGAAUUUUCUUAGUUUUAUAUUUCUAUUUAAUAAUCAGGUUGAGCUGGACUGAGAUUUCUGAGGUGAUAAGUUGAUGAACCUGAGGGCCGAAACAACUACUCUUUCA